AAUGUGGAGCUAAACUCCUUCCCUGCCCCCGGUCACGGGCAAGGGUGUGUCGGGCAGAGCUGCUUUUCCGCCCUUUGCAACUGCCAUUCCUGCUCCCUCCCCAUCCGUUCCUCCUCCCCUUUCGCCUGUUUGCCCUGCUCCUCUCCCCCCGGCCUCUCCCUUCUCUUCGCCUGCCCUGGCACCGAGCAGGGCAGAGACCAGCCGCAGGCACCGCCCGCCAGAGCCUGCAGAGCCGGGGAAGGAGACAGAGAGCCUGAGCCCAGCAGCCAUGGAGACACCUGCUCCACCAGAGACUAGGAAAUGUGAGGCUGCGCGUCAGGCACCCCCGGACCCAACAUCUUUAGCUGGGAAAGAGCUGGAUGAGGCCAUUUGUUACAUCUGUCGGGAUUGUCUGACAGACCCGGUGACUAUGGAGUGCGGGCACAACUUCUGCCGGGACUGCAUCAGCCAGCGCUGUGAGGGAGUGGAGAGACUCUCCUGUCCUCAGUGUGGGGAAACGUUCUGGAAAAGAGCCUUCAGGUCUAACACGCAGCUCGGCCGCAUAGUCGAGUCCAUCAGACAACGGGGGUUAAAGCCAGGACAAAGCGGACGGGAGGGGAAUCGCUGUGAGGAACAUGGCAAAGAGCUCACAUGGUUCUGUAAGGAAGAUUCCAAAGCCCUUUGUGAGGAUUGCGGAGGAUCCCCGGCUCACCGCUCUCACGCUGUGAUUCCCUGGGCAAAGGCUUCCCGCAAGCCCAAGGGGGAGGCAAGCACACCAAGCAGGAGUGACAAUGUGCCUGUUCACGAACAGGGAGCCAUUUCUACUCAACUGCAGGAACUCAGAGCGACUCUGCGAUCCAAAACAAAGCAAAACGAAGAGAAAAUUGUUGCUGAACUUAAGGAAACUCUUGCUGACUUUGAGAAAAUGGUUGCUGAGUUUGAGAUCAGCAGAGCGAGAGGAUGUCAUGUGCGUGUGACUCUGGAUCAGGACACAGCUCAUCCUGCUCUCACCCUGUCUGCGGAUCGGCGGGCUGUGAGAUAUGGAGUUGCAAGGCAGGACCUGCCCGACAGUCCUGAGCGAUUUGAUAAAAGACCCUGGGUGCUGGGCUUUCAGGGGUUCACUAAAGGGGCUGUGUCCUGGGAGGUGGAGGUGGGGGAUGAGGUAUACUGGGUGGUCGGGGUGGCCAGGGAGUCUGUGGAGAGGAAAGGCUGGGUCAGCGCGUCCCCCAGGGAGGGGAUCUGGGCCAUUGACUGGAACAGCCCGUUGCCUCCGGUUCCACCCUCCCCUCAGAGGACCCCGUCCCAGAAGAGCAUGCGGAUCCGGGUCUGUCUGAACUAUGAAGGGAGGCAGGUGACAUUUUUCAGUGCUGAUAAUGAGGCCCUGAUCCUCACUGUGACUGGGGCCGACUUCGCUGGGGGGAGAAUCCGCCCGCUCUUUGGGACAAAGUCCCAGCUCAGCCUGCGUCCCUGCCCUGAAACAGAGGGGCAGGCGGGUGACCCUCACCAGUAGGCCCUGAGCCCUGUGCUCCGGUGGCCUGUCAGUCUGUCACUGGAGGACUCUGGGGGGCGAGGACAGACACACACAGCGCCAGGCUUUAAUCCCCAGCUGGAGAACUCCCUGGCGGGAAACUCCUCCGUUCAUUAACGUCCUCUAACAACCCAACCUCAGCCUCUCUGUGACGUGGGGGACCAGGAACUCGCUGACCACUCCACAGCCCCUUUCUGUAUAACAAAAGGGGGCUGUGGCUCCAUAAAUGAAUAUUAAAGGGGCCAAACAGAGAGUGAGAAUGAGUCUGUUACAGCCGGCAGCGCUAGGGCCCACCCCGGGAGAUGGGUGACCCAGGGUCCGUCCCCGGCUCCAGUGAUGCUGUCGUCAGUUAUCCAGCAUGGAACAGCUUCAACGUCACAGACUGUGGGAGCCCCGAACCGGGAAUUUCCCAGAGCCAGCGGUUAGGGCUGUCACCUGAGAGCUGGCAGAGCCCUGCUUACAUCCCCUGUGCUCAUCAGCGCCAGGGGGACUUGAACUAGUCGUCUCCCACAGCCUGGGUGAGCCGCGAACCCCUGGGCCAAGCGUCAGGAGAGCGUCCUGCCUCCUCUCCCCCUGCAGCUUCAUGUGGAAUUCGCUGGCCUCUGAGCAGGCCUCCCAGACUGGGUGUGAAUGGCUGUGGGAUUAAGCACAAGAUAGGCACUUGGGUGCGGUGAGAAAUGGGGGAAGGGGUAGCUCCCUUUGAUGGACACCCAGCCAUUUGGUUAGCUACAGAAUCCUCCUUUGCAGCUGUACCCUAAUGGCCUUACCUGUAAAGGGUUAAGAGGUAAACUUCAAAUGAGUUGGCACCUGGUGAGGGGAACCAAUCAAUACCUUUUCCAACUGGGGAUGACUGCUCUCUCUCUGUGUGCGUGUGCGUUCGUUUGUUCGUUCCAGGUGUGGGAAAUCAUCAGCAUCAUACCGAGAAACUCCUCCUUUGGAACCCCAGACAUGGAAGUAGAUCAGGAAUGUCUAGUUAGAUGCGAUCAGAUUUAGUUCUUUAUUUUGGGCUUGCGGAUUCCUCUGUGCUAACCCGAGGUGCUUUUGUUUUGUUUUGUUUGUUUGUACCCUUUAAACUGGACCCCACGAAAGUAAUGUUGAUGUUUAAUCCCUAACAGCCUGAGUUUUCAGAUGUGGUUUCUUUCUUUUUUCAAUAAAAUUUACCUUUUUGAA